AUGUCCAUGUUCAGUCAAAACCCAUUGAUGAAUGGUCCAAAUUACUCCUUCAAUCAAGCUCCAACCAAGCAAGCUGAUGGUUUCACACAACAUCAUGGUUUCUACCCAUACACCGAUAACGGUGGUUCUACUCUAGCAAUCUCAGGUUCCGACUUCACUAUCGUCGCCGGCGACACCCGUUCCACAUCCGGAUAUAAUAUUAACACAAGAUACCAACCCAAAGUCUUCAAGAUCGGUGGCACAACCGCUGCUCAAGAUGAUGCUACUCUCGUUCUCUCCGUCGUAGGAUUUGCCGCAGAUGGAGAAGCACUCAAGGAACGCCUCGAUGCAAUCGUCAAGAUGUACCGCUAUCAACACGGCAAGCCUAUGAGUGUUAAAGCAUGCGCUCAGCGAUUAGCAACUAUUUUAUACAGCAAGCGAUUUUUCCCAUACUACGUUACCGCGAUUCUCGGAGGUUUGGAUGAGGAGGGAAAGGGAGCAGUUUACAGUUAUGAUCCUGUUGGAAGUUAUGAGAGAGAACAGUGCAGAGCCGCAGGCGCUGCUGCAAGUCUGAUCAUGCCUUUCUUGGACAACCAGGUCAACUUCAAAAACCAAUAUAUCCCAGGUAGUGGAGAAGGACAUGCAUUGGCGGAAAGAGAAAAGAUUCCGUUGGCUAGAAAUGAAGUGGAGGAUUUGGUUAAGGAUGCAUUUGACAGUGCGGUGGAGAGACAUAUUGAGGUCGGUGAUGGUUUACAGAUGUUGAUCAUUACAAAAGAGGGUAUUGAGGAGAUUUAUAAGCCAUUGAAGAAGGAUUAAAAUGCUCUUAUACAGAGCGGUGAUGCGGAUUUGUAUUACUAGCAAGGCAUGUACAUCCUCGAGCAAUUGCCUUUACGAGACCAGGUCUUACUCGAAAUUCAUGAACUUUGCCACGACGUCCAAAUGAUUAUGCAUGUAGUUGUUUGACAAAAUACUU